CUUUUUUUUCAUUUUUUUUUUUUUCACUUUUCUCUUUUGGAGUCCCUAAAAAAGAAGAUCAUGGUGUGCCUUGGACCUAGGAAAAAAGAAAAAAAGGCCAAUGGUUCGGAGGAAAGAGGUGUCAAAAAGACAGCUACUUCAAGGCUGAAAAAUUCAAAGGCCAUCAAUAGUUUAACACCUUCUGUUGCUUCAAGAAAGACAGUAGCCAGUAGUAAUCGAUCAUCACUUGUUGCUCCAGGAGAUAGUCAUUUACCUAGACCUACUUCACGUACCUCGAUUCUCGCUAGUGGUAAGAGCCCUAAUAGGAAAUCGCCACCCACGUCAAGGCCCACGAGUAUCGCAGCUUCCGUAAAAGGCACAACAGCAACAACAACAACAGCCAAAUCCCGCACAGGUGUCGCUGGUGCAGCAGGAAACCGUACAAGUAUCACUAGCACAGCAGGAAAUCGCACGAGUGUUGCUAGUACAGCAGGAAACCGUACAAGUGUCACUGGUAGUGCAGCAUCCACAACGAAAAAGUUCCCUAUCAGUGAAAUGAAGGAAGAAGUCAAGGAUUUAAAAGCCAAGAAUGAAGAAAACCUGAAACUGAUUGCUGAUCAACAAGCGGAACUUGAACGAUUAAAAAAGCAACUUCAAGAACAAGAACAGGAAAGCAAACAAGAGCAGCUGCUACAAAGAGAAAAAGAAAUCGAAGAACUUCGCAGUAAAUUAGAACAGCUAAACACAAGUCCGCCUUCGAACGUUGCCCAAUCCGAUAAAGAAGAAGAGCUUGCCGAGAAACAGAGGUUGCUUGAGCAAAAGGAAGCGGAACUGGAGGAACAAAAGCGGUUGAUGGAAGAAAAGGCACCAGAGAUUGACCAGGUAGCUCAACAGUUGGAAGAAUUGAAGCAACAGAAUCUUCAAGCUGUUCAUCAAUUGGCAGAUAAAGAAAAAGAGUUGGAGGAGCUUCGUUCGUUGAUCAAGGAUAAUGAGGCUAUAAACAAGGAAGAAGAUAAGGAAGCAGCCCUUAAAAAAAUCGAGGACUUGAAUCAACAGCUCGAGAUUCAAAAGAAGGCACAUGAAGAAAGUCUUCGCUUGCACGAACAAGCAUUAGCAGAAAAAGAUCAACUCUUACAAGAGCAACAAAAGGCAAUAGAUGAAUUAGAAAACAAUCAUCAAGAAGAGUUACGCAAACUAAAGACAGCACAGAGCUUUAGUAUUCUUGCCCUUAAAAAGAAGCAUAAAGAAGACAAAUUGCAGCUUGAAAAGCAAUUGGAGGAAGCAAGAAAGGAGGCUGAGCAGGAUCCUACAGCUGACUCGAUUAAUGAGCAUUUAGAAAAAAUCUUGCAAGAAUUUGAGCAGCAGGAGCAUACACAUGCUGUUCAAAUUCAAGAUCUCGAAGAAUCUCAUCAACAUGAACUUGAUAAUCUUGAAAACCAUCAAAAAGAUCAGAUGAACAAGUUGAAAAAGACUCAAGGACAAAAGAGAGAGACUUGGACUGAACGUUACUUGCCUACAGAGGCUGUUUCAUGGCCACAUCCUGCAAACGUACCCAAGUUACGUCCUACACCCUCUCUUGUAGAAAGCAAGAGCAAGACCUUGUUAAGAGUAUUAGGUAGCUUGCCUGAAUAUCAAAAGCCCGAACCUAUCUUGACCCCACUAGAUCCUAAGAAGGUUCAAAUCUACUACUCAUCUGUAAGCGCUAACCCUGUGAUCAAGAGAAAUCAAGAGCAGAUCCAGCAAUUGCUUACGUCAAACAAUAUCAAAUUCAGUCUGGUUGAUGUUGCUUCUAGUGAGACAGCUAGACAAUAUGCUAAACGAGCCAACAACAAUGGUAGUUCAGAAGGCAGAAUCAAAGAAUUUCCACAGGUAUUUGUUGGAGGAGAAUAUCGAGGGCAACUCAAGGACCUAGUUGAAGCCAUUGAUGAUGAAAAGCUCGACGAAUUCUUGAAACCUGCUAAAGAAAGACAAUUUACGGAUGAAGAAAGAGCAGCCAUUCAAAAGGCAGAGCUGAAUGAAGAGCUCAACCAGCAAAAGAUGAUGAUGCCACCUAUACCAACAACCUUGCCUAAAUUAAAGCCCGUGAACAAGGUUAAGCCAUUAAAGGAUUAUGACGAAGAUGAAGAAUUAUUAAAACUCGUUGAACAAGAGUUGAUGGAAGGGAAAGAACUUGAUUUUGACAACUUGUAGUAGUAGUAAUAAUAGUAAUAUUUGUACAAAUAAAUAAAAAAAGAGAGUCACUUUACUGAAAUAAUUUGACAACAUUUUGG